UUCCUUUAAUUACAAAAACACAUUUUCUUUUAUAUAUUAACCACAUUGUCCCCACAAAACUUUGGAUGAAUCUACCCCACAUCAUAUUCUACGCACAUACCUCUCUCUAUCUCUCUUUCUGUACAUAUAUAAAUGUAUAUGCUAUGCAUACACACCUCUCUAUUCUGUGAACAAAAAAGUUCAGUGUUAGGCAUUAGUGUAACCUACUUCUUCAUCUUUUUCAGGUAAAUAAAGAAGUCUUACAAAGUGAAGCUCCAUGGUCCUAGUUCCCUAGAUCCAAAUGGAGACUGCGAAACCAUUGGAUGUUGCUUCAAGAAAAGGAAAACUCAGACGGGCACUUGUGAAAGUUAUCAACAACAAAAAGCUAACCGGUGUUCCUCCAGAAGUUGAGAGAGUCAAGAAGAGACAAGAAAAGGUGAAGUUAGAUGAUCAAGACGCUACAAAUCUUUCAGAGUCCUUUGAGAAGCUGGAGGAAGAGUAUGAGAAAACACUUUCCAUGGAAGCUCUUCUUGCAAAGCUUUUUGCUACAGUUUCUUCCAUAAAAUCGAGUUAUGCACAGUUGCAGUACGCUCAGUCUCCGUAUGAUCCAGCUGGGAUUCAGAGAGCAGACAGGUUGGUCGUUUCAGAGCUGAAGACAUUGUCUGAACUAAAACAGAGUUUCUUGAGUAAUCAGUUUGAUACUAACCCUCAUAGAACUCUUGUUCUUGCCGAAGUUCAAGAACUGAGAAGCCUCUCGAAGACUUAUGAGAUCAUGGGGAAGAAGAUGGAGUGUCAGUCAAAGCUUAAAGACUCUGAGAUCAUGUUUCUUAAAGAGAAGUUACAAGAAUCCAAGAAUCAUAACAAGUUGAUAGAGAAGAGACUAAGUCAUCAACUUCAUCUAUCAGCACUGAGUCAAACUCAUUUCGCUACUUAUCUGCACCACACAGUUAAAUCAAUCCGAGGAUUCGUCAAACUGAUGAUCGAGCAAAUGAAGUUCUCUGGUUGGGACGUCCACGCGGCGGCUGAAACGAUACAGCCUCGAGUAUUGUAUCACAAGCAAGACGACACGUGUUUCGCUUUCGAGCAUUUCGUUUGCAGGAUCAUGUUCGAAGGGUUUUAUCUACCUUGCUUCACAAGCGAACCAUCAUCACCAUCAUCUCGCAAGACGAGUAAAGAGACAUUCUUCGAGAGGUUCACGGAGAUUAGAUCGAUGAAAGCGAAAGAGUGUUUAGCGUCACGACCCAAAUCAAGAUUCUCUACGUUUUGCAGAGCUAAGUAUUUGCAGCUCGUACAUCCGAAGAUGGAGGAGGCUUUCUUCGGACACUUGCAUGUAAGAAACCAAGUCUCUGUCGGGGAGGGGGAGUUUCCUGAGACGAGUUUCUGCGUCGCGUUUCUUGAAAUGGCGAGACGGGUUUGGCUCUUGCAUUGCCUUGCCUUCUCCUUGGACGUUAAACCUUCGAUAUUUCAAGUGUCUAAGGGUUGCAGAUUCUCGGAAGUGUAUAUGAAGAGCGUGGCGGAAGAAAGCUUGUCGGAAUCUGAGCCGAGAGUUGCGUUUACUUUGUUUCCUGGGUUUAGAAUUGGGAACGCUUUGGUACAAUGCGAGGUUUAUCUCUUGCGCUCAAGUCAACGCCGUACGUAACCGGACGGUGGAAAGAUCACGGAGAUGUCGGAACAGAGGGUAUUACGGUAAUUUGCGUGGUGGGGGUUAUUUUUAGCGUACGAAAAUGAAACGAGAAGAAAUUUCCUGACCGUUGGAUUAUGAAGAUAUGCAUAUGUGACCGUUGAGAUUAUGCGUAUGUUUUUUCUUUUCUUCCUCUCUUUGUCAAUAUUUAGGACAGUGAGACAGGAAGCAUCUCUGAGCUGGUUUCCUUCGUUGAAAUCAAAUUAUUAGCCCAUCGGCACUAUCUUCUAUCCUAUAUUCCUAUGUAUGUAUAUAAUUCCGUAAUAAUUUAUAUUAUUUUUAUGUUUCAUAUUUUCAAUC